AUGAUGGAGGAGACGGCUGCCGAGUUCACGCUAUUUUCCCGUUUGCCAGCAGAGCUGCGGUUCAAGAUAUGGGAAUCCGUGCCAAGGCCUACUCGGGUGAUUGGGAUACUACCUCCAGCUGCUCGAUGGUAUCGACACCAUUAUCGCGCUAUUGGUACUAGAACAAGUGCCAUAGUAGAAGAAAAGGAUCCUCUUCAGCGCUACAAUUAUCGAUAUAUUGUGCAGCCCAAGAAACAUGCGAUAUUCCCACCCCUUCACGCAUGUCGCGAAGCCCGAGAGCUUUGGAAACCACACUUUUUCCAGCCUUCCCGCCUUUUCCAUGCGUCAAAUAUCACUAUUCGCUUUGACACUCCUUUCAUCAGCUAUGACACUGAUAUCUUUGCCAUCUUUGAUGGAUGGCCCCCAAAUGGAAUUCCUUCGGAUGUUUUCCUCGAUCCGCGACUGGCUGAGAACGACGACCAAUCCUUGGACGGCUUUAUCGCCCUCGACCGAAGCCGAAUACGGAACCUCGCCCUAUGCGAAAUUCCAGGAGACCUCACAGGUUUCGCCAACGCUAUUUCAAUUCGGCAAUUGCCAAAUUUACAAACUCUGACUAUCAUGGCUUUGGGGCCUGACGAGAAACGGAAGCCCGAAUCUCUGGCUUCUGAGGGGAGCGGCGGCGAUAUCGCCUACAGUUUACCAGUACUUGAGAUGUUGGCAGUUGAUGUGCAGCGGAUUGCUGCAGAUAUCCAUGAUAUACCACCAGAGCUGGUUCAAAACAGCCCAUUUCUAACCGAUGCAAGAUUGCGACAUGCUAUCGCUCUGUCGCCGAGUAUACGACCACUCAUUCGGUACAAACAAUUCGUGCUAUCUCUGCUUUGGCACGAACUCAGAGAGCCGAAUGCAGUGGGAGCGAUAACAGAAUCUUGGUGGGAAUACACGGAAUACCUAUUUAGUAACCGCAUGGAUGACGAUGAAGAAUGUCCGUUAAAUCUGCCUGGCUGUGGUGUUCAUGGCCACACAAGGAGAGAGCUGGUGGAAUGGGUGCCCAAGUUUGAGGUUAACUACAAGUUACUAUGUGCAACCGAGUGGCGAGAUGAGCUGAGAAAUAUUGGAAUUGUCAAGCCAUGA